AGAAAAAAGAAAAACCUAAAACCGAAUUUUAAAACGCUGGUUUAGGUUUUUUUUUUCAAAUUAAUUUCUCCCUCUGAAAGCUUCGCAUCACCUCUCUUAGAUCUUAAAUCUCCCCCCCCACUGUGUAAAAAUGGCGAACGAGCAACAAUCUGUGUCGGUGCCAUUCUUUGUGGUUUUACUGAUAGCAGCACACGUCUUGGCACUGAUUUAUUGGAUUUACAGACUAGCUACUGAGAAACAAACCCAAAGAGGAAAGGCGCACUGAAGCAGGGUUUAUUGUAGAUUUCAAAAAUAAAAGGUAGUAGAAUUAAUGAUUAAUAUGGUUAAACAACUGAUGAUUCAUGUUUGUGUUAGGAAAUGUCAGUCACUCAGUGUAUUUUGGAGAUGAAUUUACUUUCAAUUUGAUCUAUUUAGUAUUUUUUUAAUUUUGAUUGUAUAAUAAGAAAUAACUUUUUUUUUU